CCAUGCUCGGCACAUUUACUGGCAAAGUCCAACACCCCGAUCAACCCCCCGAGAAUGCACUAGUAAAUCCAUCUCAACCGCAAUUACUUUCCCCAGGCGACGCCAGUACCCAGGGCAUCUCUCGACCAUCCUCCAGAAUCAUUACGCUUCCAGAUGGAGAAGAGUACUACGACCGGAUAGCGCAAGGCGAUAGUGAUUCAGAUUAUGGCGAAGUAUCUGGAGAGACAGACACACCCGAAGACAAUAGCGGUAACUCAACCCCUGAUCCUGAAGCAGGGGCUGACGGAGCUGGAACUGUGGGCUCGCGUACCAAACGACAUUCGACCUACUUCCACCAUCCCGAACGACGACGAUCUGUGAUACCUGGGGCUUUCCCUGGAUAA